AAAUGACAAAGAGUCAAAGACGCAACCAUAAAGAGUAGGAGAAGUGCAGUGCAUAAUAUUUUUAGAUGUAGAUCAUAGUGUCAUCUGCUUAUUUAUUAGUCCAAAACGCGUACUUAUAAGAGGUUAUAGUAGUGCGAGUAAUAUGCAGAACAACCCCCAGGAGCUUUCAUGGCAGGCGAUUCAGGCUAUCGUGGGGGUGAAACUUCCUCCUAACGUGCUGCGAUUCGAUGAUAUUGGUUUCCACCUCGUCAAAAAAUCGGUUUCUAGUGCCGAAGACUCCGAUUCGGAUGUGGAAAUCGUCGAAAAUGACUGGGAGUCUGACAACAACGCGUCUUCACGUCCAGACCAUUCGGACAACGAAAAGAUGUCCCCGGAGCGGGCGCCGAGCGAGUCGCCGGUUCUACAUCUCGUAGAGCCCGACAAUAACAAUUUGACCAAAGACUCAUUAGAUUUUAGGAAUUUUUUAGAGAAAAUGGAUACCAAAGAAGUUUCUGUAGGUGAUCAAGGGUCCCAGGUGCAAAAUGACGACGCCGAUAGUUCUAAUGGGAAUGUAAUGUCAAUAGAAAACUAUUUGGAGGUCACCCUGUCUACUGAUUCUGAGGCUAGUCAUAUGUGUAGCCAAUGCAACCAAAUGUUUCCCAGUGAACAACUGCUAUCAGCACACCACUGUAGCGCCAAACCUACUGAAGAAAAGAAAUAUCCAUGUCAUGUGUGUGCAGAAAAAUUCCCUAGUUACUGGGAGCUAAGAAAACAUAUUAACAGCCACUUCCCUGGGAUGCUGGACUCAAAAUCUAGUUUCUGCCACCUCUGUCAGAAGGACUAUACCAAGACAGGUUUCAUGAACCAUCUGCGCAAGCAUACGGGUGAGAGACCAUUUGUCUGUGAACUCUGUCACAAAGCGUUCUCACAGUCAAGCUCACUCUCUAUACACAUGAAGUUCCAUCUAAAUGUGCGCAAACAUGCCUGCACAGUAUGCGAGAAAAAGUUUGUAACUAAGAGUGAACUGUCUCGGCAUAUGACUGUGCAUACGAAACAGAAGUCUUAUUAUUGUGGAGUUUGCGAUAAAGCUUUUACCCGCUCCGACAAUAUGAAAAAACAUGAGAAAACCCAUGGGUGAUGGGAUAUCAUGUACACUAUAGUUUUGAACUAUGUUAUGCAUCUGUCAUGGGACCAAGACUUUUAUAUUUUCCAAGCCUAUACCUCUUUAAAGUUGAAAUACCAUGAAGGAUGCAUUGCACAGACAAUUUUCCCAUUCUCUAAUUGCCAAAAACUUAGUCAAGUAUGUUUGUUUAUUUAAAAUUUGCAUUGUUUUAUACCAAAUUGAAAAAUCAUGAUCUAGUUCAUAAUUUAGUCAUUAUGGUGUGUUUAUGCGAGUGUCCUCACUCUGGUGUGCUGCUGUAGUUGCUUUUGUUUAGGUUAAGGACUUCAUUAUUUAUGCGAUUUAUAUAUGCAUGUUUGGGAUACUUUAGUGUAUUAGGAAAAUGCCUUUACAGGUGCUCUAUAAUAAGGUCACACAUAUCUCAAUCCAAAGUUGCCUUUUAGAUAUGAUAAAGUGAUAUUAACUUGUGGGUAAUAUAGGUCAAAUGUCCAAAGAUUCCGAUAGCCGUCAGCCUAAUGUUUGCUUAAGAUAGCUCAGGCCUAUUGUGAAAUGGGGUCAACAGCACUAAUCAUUAUUCCUGUGGCUCUGAAAGAGCUUUAAAUCUUUAUAUAUUUUGUACUUUUCUAGAAGGUAAUAAAAAUAUCACUUGUACUUUGUAAAGGACUCCCAUGCCAAAAUUUAGAUAAGUGUUUUUUAUAAGUGACUCUUGUGUCUGUGUUGUAACCAAAGCAAUAAUAUUUUUAAUGUGCCUAUUCUAUGCAUAUGAAUACCUUUUGUAAGGACAAUACCAAAUAAUUUCUUAGAAUAUAUUUAUACAUUGAUGGAUAACAAUAUUUACCACAGAAAAUCAUUAAUUCGUAGUUUUAACCAAUGUAUUAAUUAAAGGGGGAUAAGUUUGCUAAAUGACUGUGAAUGCGAGAAAAAAAUUGUAAUGUUAUCCCUUUCAAAUGGUCUCAAGUAAUUGUAUUAAUGUAAGCCAAGUGAACAAGUAGAAUGUUUGAAAAUAGUUGGCUAAUUU